GACGGCAAUCGAAAACGACGCAAAGGACAUUCAAGGACAGCAAAGGGAGCGAGUUUGGAAGAGAUAGAAGAAGAUAGUAAAUCCAGUCCCACGCUUAGCACCAACAAACUACCUCCCGCGAACUCUUGCGUGACCGAAGAAACGACGGAAAAGCCCGAUCACUGGCGAAUAAGACAGUCGGAGUUACAGGAGUUAUCAAAACAUCGUCCGAAUGAAAUUGAAAGCGGAAGCAGUCACAAAAAAAUUGCCAUUGAACACGAAGAAUCCGAUGUCCAAGAUAUACAAAGGACAACUUCUCUAGCAUCUUCUUCAUCGGGCUAUAUUUCAGCAGAAUCUCUUGAGCGACAACCACAAGCUUCAGCAGCUGAAGGGCAAGUCGGAGAUUGUGUGCGGACGGUGGCGGAAACAACCCCCAUGCCUGAUUUAUUUGGCCAGGAUGAAGAUGGAGAUACGUAAGACAUGAGUUUUUAUUAUUUGGGGAUUUUUGUACUUUUCCACUUAUCAUGAUUGCACACUACAUGUUACCCAAAUUUCAACCUUCAGAAGGCUCGCCAACGCAAUUUUUUUUUAAAAUGUGCUAUAUUUCCGUUGAGGUUUCCACCCGGAAUUUGUUAUUAACCUCUGAGCGUAAGUUCUCUAAUGAUGUUUUACCCCGGGUUACAACACCAACAACACCCAAACCUACAAUUUCAUCAUCAGCAUCUUUGACUAUGGUCGCCCAGGAAAGUGCAGCUCUCUAGUACUAGUAAUAGACUGUCCCACCCACGACAAACGCAGCUAUAAAAAUUGCUUUCAUCACAUCACCACAUGAUAUUCUGCUGUGAUUGCAUUUUUAAGGUGUUACUGACUGAUAUAUGCAUACAAACGCUUAAUCUAAAAAUGAAGAAAGAAAAAAAAAGAAAAAAAUCUGUUGUAAAUGUUGUCUGAACCAGCACCAACAUGCAGUAAUGCAUUCUUCUACUGAUUCAGUUUAGACGUCUCAAGACGUCUAUCAUGCAGGGCGCCUAAUGCGAUAAAGCGUAUCGUAACCUACGCGACGCAUGUUUGGGGAGUCUUGCCUUUUUGGUUGAUACAGUAAAAUCUCGAUAUAACGAAGGGCAAAGGCCGGACUGGCAAAAUUUGUUCGCUAUACAGAGGUUUCGUUAUAUCGACGUUCUUUUUCAUAUAUUUUACUAUUACUGUGGUAAAGAAAAUCGUUCGUUAUAUUGGUUAUACCGAGGACUUUGUUAUAUAGAGGUUCGUUAUAUCGAGGUUCCGCUGUACAAAACAACAUUCAUUUGAUAAAGAAAAGCGGGGAAACUUUAACAUUCAGAGAAGCAGAUUUCAUAGAACUUUUAAUAUUAGUCUAACUUCAGCUGCCCGAGAGGCGAAAGAGAUGGCUUGGAACCGUUCAUGUGUAAUCCAAUGAUUUGGUUACGUAUGAUCUAACUUGGGAAACAGGUUCAAACCAGGGUUAAUGGUUUAAACCAGAAGUAUAUCAUCGAACUUAGGUUUCACCGAUUUCGUCGAGGAAAAAAUUGUUAAAACAAAUUCAAGCGAUUGUUGAAAUUUUAUGGUCAAUAGCAAUGUGUGAUGUCUGAAAUAAUAAGUCAUUUAGUUUAAAAAUGAAUGAUUGGAAAAGUUAAGAAAAUAAGACGACUUUCCACCAUGUAAUUUAUCAAGCAUGAGACUCAGUGUUUCAUCACUAGAUGAAACACCGAGAAGAGAGUUGAAAAUAACACGCGCAGCGGAGUAUUUUUGACGAACUUCGACGUGUUUCAUCUGAUGAUGAAACACAUGUCGAAUGCUUGAUAUUUCUCCUCAAACAAAAUGAUUUUAGCAGGAGAAAUUAAGGAUGCAACAAUGAGCGGUUUUUUAUCUGAUUUCUAAACGCUCAUAUCUAAACAUUUUAAAUUUCCUUUAUAGAAUAUGAUUAUUGUAUGAGAAACCCACGGUGACGUUUUUAGCUGCUUUUGUUGUAACAUAGUCCGGAUGUAAUAAUAUUCGUGGUCAUUCUUACGGAAAGUAGUAGAAAAAACAUUGUGAUGUAAGACACGCUGUCAGUAAUGCUAAGAGGAGAUAAAAUGCGGAAAUCAAAAUCCAAACAGCCAAUCGUAAUAACUUCCUGUCAGUCUCUAUCAUGUCUAUGUUCGGAGUAAGCAAUUCCAGGAACUGACGAUGUAUAAUGACUGGGACAAUGCGCAUGUGGGCAUGUUCAUUCUCAGACGGUUCAAAGUGAUCAUGAGUAACCACGGCCACCCGGAAUACCGUAAAAUUCCGAAAAUAAGCCCCAGGGCUUAUAUUUUUCAAAGGCCCUUUUUGAGGGGUUUAUUUUGGGGGGGGCUUAUAUUCGGAGGGGCUUAUCUAUGGAGGGAAAUUUGCGUUUCAAAAUCGAUUGGGCUAACCUUAUAGUCGGAAGUAAAUUUACCGUUUUUGCUUUGUUUUACUUUGUAUUUGCGGGCAGUUUUCCACGUACAAGCCCCCGGGGGGCUUAUAUUUGGAGGGGCAAUUUAACGGAGGGGUUUUUCGGGUUACCAGUUUGGGGGGAUUAUAUUUGGAGGGGCUUAUUUUCGGAAUUUUACGGUAUCUGAGAUUCUAAGAUUCAGGUUAUGAAAACUGUCGCAAAAAGAUCUGGGUGUCAGAGUUAUUUUCUUCUUUUUUUCCAGGUUUCUUCACAUAGCAGUUGUCCAGGGAGACCAACCGCUGACCGAAUUUUUCAUACAAAAAAUGAAGUCUAGGGGAGUCGAUAUUUAUAACAAGCUGAGACAGGUACAAAUACAUCUGUGCAUUUCGCCACCUAUUUGCACUUAGUUCACUGAACUUAGGGUCGCACAUUUAAGGUUACUUUCACACGGCAUCGGAAAAUUCGUGCGUUUAUUUGUUUCGUUCACUCAGAACCAGCUUAUCCGUACGAAUCUUUAGACGCCCAGCCGUUCAAAGUUCUGUGUGAACGGAGCGAAAAUAUCGAACGGUCCUGUGUGAUGGAGGCGACUGGUCAAAUUUUUUAACUGGUCGAAAAUUCACAGGGUCCGCGUGAACGUACUUAAGUCAAGGGGAUAUUGUUGUGUUUGAUUGCAAAACAUUUUAAAAAAUCGUUUCAUUAGAAAAAAGGCAUAAAUUCUUAGUGUAACUAUAGGUGGUUUUCAUGCAAUCUCGGGAGACACAAAUAACAAUGGUGAAAUGAACAAAUGCUGGUGGACAAACAAAGCGAGCUAAUGAGCGAUCUUUUGUUUACCGUCCACCAGCAUGGCGGCGAUGACGUAAAGUGAAAACCACCUAUAGGCUGCGAGCAAAAGAGUAGACUCGCGAGAGGCACGCUAGAGGAGACGCGAAAGCCCCUCGGCCCCUCGUGGCUUCGCCGCUCGCUCGCGCGUUCUCGCGCGGCUUGCUUGCCCAAAUAGGAAAGCUUGCUCGCAGGCUAGUGUAACGAUUUCCUUGAUACUUGUUCUUCUAGACACCGCUUCAUCUUGCCGUAAUAACGCACCAACUAUACAUAGUACGAAAACUUAUAGAAGGCGGAGCUGAUGUUAAUCUUAUGGACAGACAUGGUCAGACCCCUUUACAUUUGGCAUGUCAAGAAGAUGACCUCAACUGUGUUUAUGCUAUCCGUGAUGCCAGCCAGAUAGGCCGCGUCAAAUUGAGGUUGGACUUGAAAAAUUCUCAAGGUAGGUAGUGUAAGAAGGAAAUUUCUAACACUGCACACUGGGAACGAGAACACACGGUCCAUAAAGGGUGACAAAGAGGCCACAAAAAGAACUUGGCUGAUAUUAAUAAAGGAUAUUUACCUUUCCUUCUUUGCAGGUUUGACAGUCCUCCAUGUCGCCAUUUUAAGGGGCAGUAAAAAGUUAAUAGGGACCAUCCUUGAUAUGGGAGCUGAUAUUAACCAGCAGGUCAGUAUUAUAUCAUAUUUAUUUGCCAAAACAGAGUGGAGGUAAAAAUUUCUGAGGAUGUAUUCCAAAACAAGCCAGUUUUAACUCAAGGUUUAGGCAGUAAGAGAAAAGAAAUGUAUUAUUCAUCUCAAGGCGAUUUUUUUUGUUUUAUUCCCUUAAGUUCUAUCGCCACUAUAACCCUCGACUUCGCCCGUUUCAUUACUCACUGGAACGGAAUGCGGAAGGUUUUUUACUUCCCAAACCUGGCUUACGGGAUUGGAAUGCGAAUUUUUACUUUCUGCAUUUGGAAAACACUCGCUAAGCAGGCUAAAAGUAAAUAUCAAACACGAGAAGUAGUGUUUCAUCAAAUAUCAAAGCCCGUAAAGAUAGCUGAAAAUGCGAGGCGUGGAGUAUCUGAUAUUUUGACGCAGUUUAAGGUGUUUGAUAUUGUAUUGAAACAAGUGUGUCGAGUGUUUCAUGCACCUUUUUCAAAGAAAGUCAUUCUAGAUGAGAAAUUAAAGAUGCAAAACGAGGAUUUUUUCAUCAGAUAUCCAGAAGUGUCGCGUUUCAUGAUGAGUUUGAGAAAGUUUGGGAAUCAAAGUUCUAACAUUGCUCUUCAUAAACUUAGGAUUCCAACAGUGGCCGCACUUCAUUACACCACGCAGUGGAAGCUGGGAAGUAUCCCGUGGUAGAGUACUUGAUAACACGUGGCGCUGACGUAAAUAAAGUUACAUUCGCUGGAAACACGCCACUUCACACGGCAAGCGGGCGCGAAAUGGACGACAUGGCGAAGCUUUUAAUGACACACGGCGCUAACGUUAACAUUGCUAACCGUGAAGGGGAUAUUCCUAAAGUGGUGCGAACGAGUGAGCAGGUA